AUGUUUUCUUCUUCUCUGCCUCCAGAAGUUAUUCUCAAAAUCUUGUCUCAUCUUCCGGGCAAAACACUACGAAAACUCCGAUUAGUUUCAAAGCAGUUUAACUCCCUAGUCUCUGAACCCUACUUCCUCCGUCUCCACCACCGCCAUGCUCUCAUUGACUCCUUCUCUAUCCUAACCGCCUUCACCGGUUCCCACGGAUCCCAAUCCGUAUAUCUCAAACUCUUCCUCUUCACCAAACCCAACGACGUUGCUCACGCCGUUCUCACCGCUCGCAAAUCUUUUUUGAUAGACUUCCUUCCAGAGACUUAUCGCAACAAUGAGCAAACACUAAAACCCAUCACAAAACGUUUCCUUGGACAAAGAAUCAGAGUCUUCUCUUCUAACCAUCAGUUUAUCUGUAUCUUGAUCGACAAGGAACAUUUUCUUUUCGACCCUAUUAACCAAAGACUCCUAGAAAUACCACAAUCUUCCACUUCUUCUUCUUCUUCUUCUUCUUCGCCUUUUGUUAUCUCCUUCGGUUUUGUUUCCUCAACAUUACAAUACAAAAUCAUCAGAUUUCUUCUUCCUUAUCACCCAAUCUGCAAAUUCGAGAUACUCACUCUCACAAUCACAGGAGCAAAUUACGAUCAUCAUCUCAAGAUCUCACAAUGGAAACCACAAGAAAUAGAAUGCCCUUAUCUUCUAAAACCGUACCCUCCAUCUCACGCUGAUGGGUUCCUUUACUGGAUAACAAAACAUGUUCCACAGAUCGUGUCUUUCUCUUUAGAACAAGAGAAGUUCUCUGUUCUGCCUCCACCGCCAUGUUUUGAAGACAACCCUGAUCACCGUUUUAGCUUAUGUGGAAUCAGAGGGAAUAUCUGGGUAGCAGACUACAAUUCUCUUGCACCAAACAUGGAGCUUUGGAUGAUGAGUGGCUCAAAUGGAUCUGCUUGGACUAAAACGCACAGAAUCGGGCUCGAAAAGACAUUCACCCGUUACUAUCCAACGUUUCCGAUUAGGAUUCAUGAUAUACAAUCUGAUUGUGUGAUCUUCCAGGUUCUGUUUCCAAGUGAGAUACAUAUUUACUACACGAGCAAGAAUGAAGUGGAGGACGUUGGGGGUUUAUCAUCCGGAGAGUUACAGCUUUGUCAUUACAAUGAUGUCCUUUUGUCUCUCUAA